AUGGUCACCCUAUGGGAGAUCACGAAGGAGGCACUUAACCCCAAGGAACCAUCAUCGGCAUACAUUGAGGAAUGUGUUGAUGACUCCGCGAUGUCAGUGCUAGAAGCCAGCAUGGCUCCGAAGAAAAAGACUGUUCAGUUCGAUGACAACACCACAGAGAAAUCUGCAAAGUGUCCUCCCAAUGUUCCAGCCUCCCAGGUCCCCGCGUCAAUUCUCAAGCCAAUGUCGGAUCCAUUUGUAGUGCCAAGAGGAGGUGCGAAGGCAUCUCUACCAUCACUGGGAAAUCGGGCUACGCAAUACAGCUAUAAGAUGCCGGUUGAGGACAAGGUGAAUGUGCAGGAUAUAUUUGAGUGCAUCCAAAAUGAAGUUCGCAUCUCGCUAACGCAUCGGGAACUGAUGGCAUUGUGCCCAGAGAUUCGCAAGCUCGAGAAGGAGGAGAUCACUGUGAAGGGAGUGACGACGACGGGGAGCUUUGAGGCUGUGGAUGGCAAGGAGGUUGCGAAGGCUCUCUUGGUGGACAUGAGCGAUGGCGGCGGGCCGCUCAUAGUGGCCGACAAUUCUCUUCCAUUACGAGCAAUUGAUGCCCUGGUUGAAGGCAAGGAAUCGGCGGAAUGUAUCCUUGACCAAGGCUCGCAGAUCAUUGCAAUGCGAUGGGACAUCUGA